AUGGGAGCCUGCGCGAGCAAGCCUAAGGAUUCGAAAAAAAACGAUGCCGCCAUCCCUGAGGCUCCUAUCACCCCCAAAAAACCCGACGUCCAAUCCACCCCCGAGGCACUUAAUAAGGAUGGAGAAGAGACAAUGAAGGAAGAGCCUCUGGUAGAUCUGUCGGAGCCAGCUCCAGAGGCUCCCAAGGCCGAGGAGGCGGCCUCAGAGACAGCCCCAGCAGCCCCCGAGAUUGUGCCCGAGCCAACCCCAAAGCCCGCGGUGGAGGAGACACCUGCCACCGCGGUUGAGGAAGACAAGGCUCCAAAGGUGGAGGAGAAGAAAGAAGCAGAAGCUGUAACUGAGGCUGCUGAGGCCAAAACUGAAGAUGAGCCCAAAGCUCCUGCAGUCUAA